GGCCGAGCUCAGUUCGAAGCGGCAUGUCUGAUUGGAAAGAGCGUUCCCGGGUUCUGCAGCAGCUGCUGCUGCUGCUGCUGCUAAUCUGCCUUGGACUAAUCCCCGCGGAGGUUAUCGCCAAUUCCAUACCCAUACCCAAUCCCUGUCAGAGUGGUCAGACUUACACCAAUGGCGCUUGCGGCCAAGUCAUUGUAAAUGUGUUUAACGCUGGUUGCGGUGGUCAAACGGGGAUUCCCUGUCAACCUGGUACUUCAGUCGUUGUACCUGGCACUCCUGCUUGUCCGAAUGCUCCUUUAGAUCCCAUUGUGGUACCUAAUCCUCCAGUCGUUGUUCCUGGCACUCCUGCUUGUCCGAAUGCUCCUCUAGAUCCCAUUGUGGUACCUAGUCCUCCAGUCGUUGUUCCUGGCACUCCUGCUUGUCCGAAUGCUCCCUUAGAUCCCAUUGUGGUACCUAGUCCUCCAGUCGUUGUUCCUGGCACUCCUGCUUGUCCGAAUGCUCCCUUAGAUCCCAUUGUGGUACCCACUGCUCCUGUUCAGCCCACUGUCUGUCCUCCGUCUUGUCCUAAUAGUUGUCCAACAACGUGUUCUAAUAACUGCAAUCAAUCCACGCAGUGUCCUAAUAGUUGUCCCACCAACUGUCCCAAUACUCCUUGUCCGACACCUCCACCAACUAUUACUCCCUCCCCUCCCACUUUUUACCCAACUCCAAUGCCCUAUCCACCACCACCACCACCAGCACCACCAGCACCACCAGCACAUACAACACAACAUCCCUACCCAGUCCCAGUCCCAGUAACCACUCCACCACCGGCUACUAUUACCAGGUGUCGGGAAGGAACGAUCCUGGUUAGGGGCGUCUGCCGCCUUCUCUUCUGCGGAGGAUACGGAUACGGAUACGCCGAAGGGCGCUGCAUUCAGGCACGCUGCCCCGCAGGAUAUGUUUGGACGGGGAUCAGGUGCUCGAAGCCCCAGCCCGUGCAGAUUGGCAACAUCCACAUAGAGAGCCAUGUCCAUCAGCAGGCUGGCGCUCUACCCCACCUGGUCACCAACAACGUGAACAAUGUCCAGGUCAACGCCUCCAUCGCAAUCCAAGGACCAACCUCUGCGGAGCAGCAGGAGGAGGAUGAGGAGGAGGAGGAGGAACCGGUGAUGCCGCAGCCGCCCUCUGGACCCUGCUGCAAUGUGGUGGCUCCCCGGAUUUGCACCACCCAGGCGGAUCAGGUCGCAUACAAGUGCUUCAGCAGGAGUCAGCAGCAGUGUGGCUCCUUCUGCAGUGCCAACAAGGUGGUGCUCGCACCGCCAACAGUGACCACUUGGACGCAGGCCAACACCCAGAUGGUGGUGCUGCCGCCCAACUGGGCGGGUCAAGGAUGCCAGUCCACCGGUGGAAUUUGCCAGCAGGCUCACAACUACUACGACUGCAGCGGCUGUGCGAUGGGUGACUUUUCGACCUGCUCCUCGUACUGCUAUUCCUACAAGUGCAGCAGCCACAACUGCGCCUAUUACGACCAGACCCAAUACUGCUCCCAGUAUCCUGGUCAAAUGGGCUGCCGAUCUGAAGAUGGGUGGUUCCCGGCCCCAUAAAUGCUACUCAAUCAAUUAAGGAAUAUCAAACUUUCGAAUAUUGGAAGAAAAUUGAUUGUUGUUUUAAUAAGUAAUCAUGUUGGGUAAUAUGUAAUAAA